AGUGUAGAUGAAUGAUUCUAAUCUAGCCGGGAAUGGAAACCACAGGGAGACAUCGUCUAUUCAGAAGUUUUAUAAUUCCGUCACAAGAAAGAAACCCGUUGGUUACACUGGGGUAUUCAGAGAAGAAAGUUAUAAUGCUAGUGCAAGAAGGAUGGGAACAUUGCUCGACAUAACCACCACAGGUCUAAGUAACACGAUAGGAUCGCCCCUGUAUAUUCUAACUGGAUUCGUAAUGCAGAGGAAGGCGGGUCCAGCUAUUAUCAUAUCUUAUCUGAUAGCCUUUAUCUCCAGUCUCUGUGCUGCCCUCACUUACAGCGAGCUGAUGAACCAGAUCUCGACACACGGAAGUGACUACCUGUACUCGUACGUAACAAUGGGAGAACUGUACGGCUUCCUGGUGGGUUGGAACCUAAUCCUGGAGUACUGUGUAGAUGUAGCCUCAGUUUCUAAAGCUCUCACUAUUCACAUUGAUAAGAUAUACUUUAACGGGGAUAUAUCCUCGUGGCAGUCCCACACCACAGCUAUACCUAACCUUAACCACUUUAGUGAUUACGUGGACUUGUUCAGUAUCGCCUUCUGUUUUAUACUCACACUCAUCAUUGCUAUGGGCGGCAAGUUCUCCAAAGUAGUCAACAACUUCUUUACCUGCUUUAACCUGGUGUGUUACGUCAGCAUCAUGGUGUUCGGCUCCUUCUCCUGUGAUCUAUCUAACUGGUAUACUCAGCAGCCACACCUCAACACUACUCUCCCUACACAGCAACCCCCGGAGCUAGCCCCCGUGGGCUUCAUGCCCUGGCAGUUUAGGGGGGCUCUCCAGGGGGCGGGGUCCUGUAUAUUCGCGUUCGCUGGAUUCAGGGCUAUAUUCGGGGACGGUAUAAAGUCCCGGGACCCUAAGAGGAACCUUCCAAUAGCCUCUAUCAGUACACUGGUAAUAUCUACUGUUCUGUAUAUAGGGGUGAGUUUCACUAUCAGCUGCAUGAUACCCAGCUGGAAGAUAGAUACUGCUGCUCCCAUAUUCAGUGCUUUUACUGAACACAACCUCCUACCCCUCCAGAAACUACUCGCUAUCGGCGCUAUUGCAGGGCUGGUACAAGCGUCAGUGUACAAGUUCCUGCCCCUGCCCCCUCUCUUAACCAUGAUGUCAGAAGAUGGGCUCCUCUUCAAAUUCCUCGGGGACGUAGACAAAGAGACUGGGGGCCCCUUCAAAGGGACAGUGUUCUACGGUUUAGUAUCCACCGUGUUUGUAGCAGUAUUUGUACUAGACGAACUGAUAGACAUGUUGUCUAUAGGUACACUGAUAGCGUACAUCAUGGCAAGUGUGUCAAUCAUCAGACUACGGUACAAACCCGGGGAGUUUGGGAAUGGGAACAGUGCAAUGAACCAGUUCACAGAACGCAAGAUGAAAGCCUCCCUUAUAAUCUACACUAUAACAUCCUGCAUAUUCGGCUACCUGAUAGCUUACUCCAACUUCUCCAGUGUCCUCUUUAUCACCUCCGCAAGCAUCCUCACCCUGAUAAUGCUGAUAUGUGGUGUUAUCAUCUACCUUCAACCUCAGAAUAUACAAGAACUGUCCUUCUACUGCCCCUUUGUGCCCCUCAUGCCUCUAUUCGCUAUCUUCCUAAACUCAGUACUGAUAAUGCACCUCAGCUAUAAGACUUGGAUAAGGUUCUCUAGUUGGAUGGGUAUCGGACUGGUAGUGUACUUUACAUACUCUAUAAGGUUCUCUAAUCUCUCUAAUAAUCACACUGUCAAUAAGAAACCUGGGGGGUACCCUAACUCGGAUCCUCCCAAACGAACACAUGUGCGGCGAGUGAGCAGACAGGGGAGGCUGGACGGUUACCAUAUCGAACAUACACCCUUACCAGACACACGCCGCUCCAGGUCAACUCCCGCUAAAGCUGCACGUGCAGCUGCGCGCAAUAUAUCACGUGAGGAGGAGAUGGCUGCUAGGUUACGGGAGUGGAAUGACUUUCUCAGAGUUCAGACUUUGAACAAACAGCGAGCAGAGAUGGAAAGUGACCCCGAGGGAAGUGUUUGUAGUCAGCCGAGAAUAAGUCAUAAGACAAAUAGCAACGGAGGGGUUUAG